ACGAUCCAGGACAUGUGCUAAUAAUGCUCUAAACCAGUUAAAAAGACGUGGAAAUUGGGGGGAGGAAAAAAAGGUGGGAGGGGGAAGGGUCUGUCCUUCCUGGGAUUCCUAGUCGAGACCAGCCUGCUGCCGUAUGCGUGUGCGUCAGGACUCUCCCGGCGGCAAUGAGGGUUUGAGAGCCGGGUCCCCCGCGCGGGGAAGAGAACACGGUGGCAGCCACCGCCACCGCCACUGCCCGGAGUCGGCGAGGAAGCUGCGGGCAGGCGGGCGGGCACUGGCGCUGGCCAGGACUGGUUGGCGCGACUCUGUGCGGUGCGGCGGCGGCGCGGCGCGGCGGUGAGGGCUUUCUCAGGCGCCCCGGGAUCGGGUGGACACCGGUGCGGCCGCGGGCAAGGAGCGCGACCCUUUCGCGGCAGCAGCGGAGGCGUGUGUGCCAGGGGUUGGGUUCUCCACCGCUUCGCUCGCCGUUCACCUGGCUGAGCGCUUCCUUCUCCAGGACUAGCGGCUUCACUGAGCACAACAGCUCCAGCUGGCAGCAUCACCUCCCACCAACUUAUCCAACUUCUGCCAAGGCUCUGAAAUGCCAACUAUGUCGAGGUCUGCACUUGAUGUCAAGGGUGGCACCUCACCUGUGAAGGAGGAUGCCAACCAAGAGAUGAACUCUCUGGCCUACCCUAACCUGGGAGUGAAGGAUCGCAAAGCAGUGGCCAUUCUGCACUACCCUGGGGUGGCCUCAAAUGGAACCAAGGCCAGUGGGGCUCCCACUAGUUCCUCAGAAUCUCCAUCUCCAAUAGGCUCUCCUACCACCACCCCUCCCACUAAACCCCCACCCUUCAACCUGCACCCUGCCCCACACCUGCUGGCCAGUAUGCAACUGCAGAAACUUAAUAGCCAGUAUCAUGGGGUGGCCACCACCACUCCAAGUCAACCUGGGGAGGCAGGGCCCCUGCAAAACUGGGACUUUGGGGCUCAAGUGGGAGAGGCAGGGUCACUCUCUCCUUCUACUGGUGCCCAAAGCCCUGCUAUCAUUGAUUCGGACCCAGUGGAUGAAGAGGUGCUAAUGUCACUGGUGGUGGAACUGGGACUGGACCGAGCCAAUGAACUUCCAGAGCUGUGGUUGGGGCAGAAUGAAUUUGACUUCACUGCAGACUUUCCAUCUACUUGCUGAUGCCAAAUAUCCCUAAAGAUGGAGCAAUAAAGCCACAGUUCUGUUGUAAAUAAAAAUAAAAGUUACUUACAAAGAGAUGGGC